CCACGGUCGUACUUUUGCGGACGUCAUCAGUAUGUUAUAUCGACAUUGUAUAUAGUGUCUUGUGUAGAAUGUUUCAUUAAAAUUAAAAAAUUUGUUACAUUCUUACGCAAAUAUAUAUCGAAAUAUGGUACACAUAAGUACCAUGUACAAUAUCGUGCCCUUUGUUCUCUUAUUUAUUGGAAUUAUUUACGGUUUUGCAGUAAAUAUUGAAGAGAACUUAGAAGAAAAUUUUAUCAUUCCACAUUACACACAUUAUGCAGAACUUCAACAGUUGUUUAGUUCAUUGAGUCAAAAAUAUCCAAAUUUGGCAAAAGUGAUUUCCAUAGGAAAAUCUGUGGAAGGUAGAGAUUUGUUGGUUCUUGAAAUUUCUGAAAAUGUUAAUGAGCGAAAACUAUGUGAACCAAUGGUAAAAUAUGUUGCUAAUAUGCAUGGUGAUGAAGCUGUUGGUAGAGAAUUAUUAAUAUAUCUUGCCCAAUAUCUUUUGUAUAAUUAUGGAAAAAAUGAAAGAGUUACAAAGUUAAUGAAUAAUACAGAUAUUUACCUUAUGCCAUCAAUGAAUCCUGAUGGGUUUGAAAAAUCAGAAGAAGGAAAAUGUACAUCCAAAAAAGAUUUUUCAGGCCGUGAAAAUGCAAAUCACGUUGACUUAAAUAGAAAUUUUCCAGAUCAAUUUAAUAAAAAAACUAAUCAUCUUUUAAAAGGUGGUAGUAUAUUAGAUGGACGUCAAAAUGAAACAAUAGCUAUGAUGACUUGGAUUGCUACAGAACCAUUUGUAUUAUCAGGAAAUCUUCAUGGAGGUGCUGUUGUAGCAAGUUAUCCUUAUGAUUCUGGCAUCUCAAAUUCUUGUUGUAUUGAAAGUAAAAGCCCAGAUGAUGAGUUAUUCAAAUAUUUGGCAUAUACAUAUGCAGACAAUCAUUCACAAAUGCGUACAGGUGAUGCUUGCCAAGAGGCAGAUAUAUUUCAACAUGGUAUUACUAAUGGAGCAUAUUGGUAUGAAGUAAUUGGAGGGAUGCAAGAUUUUAAUUAUGCUCACUCUAAUGCAUUUGAGAUAACAUUUGAACUUAGUUGUUGUAAAUAUCCAAAUGCUUCAGUAAUGCCAGAAUAUUGGAGAAUAAAUAAGGAAUCACUUAUAAAAUACCUUGAACAAGCUCAUAUUGGAGUAAAAGGUCUUGUAAGAGACAUAAAUGGUCAACCAAUAGAAGCAGCAACCAUUGUGGUGCAUGGUAUAAACCAUAAUGUGUCAACUACACAUCGUGGAGAAUAUUGGCGUUUGUUACUACCUGGAACUUAUUAUAUUCAUGCAGAAGCAUGGGGAUAUGAAGCAAGUGAACCAGUAAACAUUACUGUAGAAUCAGGUGAAGCAACUACUUUUAAUUUCACUUUAAGGCAGGAUAAUUAUGACGAUCAAGGAAAAGUAAUAUCGGAUGAAGUUAUUAGACCUAUUGACAAAUAUGGUUUUUUCCAUAAUACAGAAUUCAAGCAUCAUAACUACAUAGAAAUGGAAAAAUACUUGAAAGAAUUAAAUUUAAAUUAUCCAAAUAUUACAAAGCUUUAUAGUAUAGGGCAGUCUGUUGAAGGGCGACAAUUAUAUGUCAUGGAAAUAUCAGAAAAUCCAGGAAAACAUAGUCAAAAUAAACCUGAAGUAAAAUAUAUAGGAAAUAUGCAUGGAAAUGAGGUUGUUGGUAGAGAAAUUUUAUUAUUAUUGUUAAAAUAUCUUUGUGAAAAUUUCGGAAGUAAUGAAAGAGUUACAAAAAUAUUAAAAAAUGUAAGAUUGCAUAUAAUGCCAAGUAUGAAUCCUGAUGGCUAUGAAGUUUCUAUAGAAGGAGAUGUGUAUGGAGCCAAAGGAAGAGAAAAUGCUAAAGGUCUUGAUCUUAACAGAAACUUUCCUGAUCAAUAUGAAACGAAUAGAUACAAUAAAGAACAAGAACCUGAAACGAAAGCAGUAAUGAAUUGGAUUUCAAACAUUCCAUUUGUACUUUCUGCUAAUUUUCAUGGAGGAACAUUAGUAGCAAAUUAUCCAUAUGAUAAUGAACCAAAAUAUGCAUCUAAUAUGGAAAAUUUAAGUCCAGAUGAUAAAGUUUUUAAAGCUUUAGCAUUAGCAUAUUCAAAUGCUCAUCCCUUUAUGCAUCUUGGAAAACCAUGCCCUUCUUUUUCUAAUGGACGAUUAAAUGUAGUACAAAAUGCACUUGAAAAAAGUUUUCCAAACGGUAUAACUAAUGGAGCUGCCUGGUAUUCUGUUAGUGGAGGCAUGCAAGAUUAUAAUUAUGUUUAUAGCAAUGAUUUUGAAAUUACAAUAGAAGUAGGAUGCACGAAAUUUCCAAAUGUAACUGAAUUACCAGAUUACUGGUUACAAAAUAGAGAGCCUCUUUUACGUCUUAUUGAAAUGUCUCGUAAGGGAAUACACGGUGUAGUACGUACGUCAAUUGGAAAUCCUAUUCCUCAUGCUAAAAUAUCUAUAGAAGGAAUUAAACAUGAUAUCUAUGCAGCUAAAGAUGGAGAUUAUUGGCGUCUUUUAGUUCCAGGCAAAUAUAAUGUUACAGUGAGUGCAAUAGGCUAUGAGUCACAAAUGCAAACUGUAACAGUACCAAAUGAUGUUAAUAUUGGAGAAGAAGUAACUCUGGAUUUUAUAUUAAUGCGAGAUGAUCCUGAACAUUGGUCAUCUGCUUAUGAUUUUCAAAUAAAAGAAAACUUACAAAAUGUAUACUUAAAAAAUUCCGAAUUAAAUACUAGAUUUAGUCAAUUAGAAAAUCAUCACCCAAAUGUUGCAGAAUUUCAAGAUGGGCAGUCAUUAGUUAGUAUGGCUAUACAUUCUUUAAAAGUUACACAUAAUUUGGGUGCACCAGAGGAAAAUAAAUUUCAUAUUGGUUUAAUUGGAGGAAUAUUUACAUCUCAACCAGUGGGUAGAGAAAUAUUGUUACGAUUAGCUACUCAUAUUCUGAUGGGAAAUCAAAUUGGAGAUCCUCCUAUACAGAGAAUAUUGGAUAAUUCUGUAUUACAUUUUGUACCUAACAUCGAUCCAAAUUUUGAUAAUCUAUUAAAUGUUCAAAACUGUAACCCUGCUUAUGAAGAAACUGGGAACAGAUUAUUACUACAGAAUAAUGUCACUUCAGAUAAAGUGAAUACAAUUACUAAUGCAUUUAAAAUGAUGUUAUCUAAUGAAAAAUAUGAUGUAAUUAUAAUAUUAGGAAGUGGAGCACUUGAAGUUUGUUAUACAAAUGAUAACUUGAAUGUGUAUAAAACUCUAGCCAAAAAUUAUGAACAUUCAAUACAGAAAGAAACUUGCAAUUUCUUUAAUAGCAAUAUUAAGCAAGUGCAAAAUUAUAUUCAAAAUCAAUAUAACAUAUCAGUAAUAGGUAUCAACAUGGCUUGUUGUAAACAUCCUCAUUCAGAAUCUAUUCCAACUAUUUGGCGUGAAAAUUUAUUGCCUUUGAAGCAACUUAUUCAUGGCCUCACAACUGGCAUUCGAGCAUUAAUAACAGAUAUUGAUCAUGUACCCUUGCGAGAAACUGUAGUUAAGAUUGAAGCCAAUAGUUAUCAUGUUUCUAAAAAUAUGGCUUAUUUCAAAAUUAUUCUUCUUCCUGGUGAAUAUAUAUUAACUUUCUUUUGUGAAGGUUAUAUUGAAGAAUCUAUAAAAGUUCAUGUGAAUUCAGAAAAUAUAACUGAUCUUAGUAUCAAAUUGAUAAAACGUCACAUAGAAAAAGUUGAACACCAAAAAUUUAAUGAAGAUCAAGAAACUAAUGCUGUAAAUCAAGUUUUAAUUGAUUUAUACAAUAAAUAUUCGCAAUUAUCAACUUUACAUACUAUUGGCAAAUCACAAACGGGUACUCGAAUAAUGUGUUUAGAAAUUGGAACUAAAAGUAAUUAUAAACGCAUUGGUCGACCAUCUAUAGCCUUUGUGGCUGGUAUUUCAAAUGGUACACCUGUGACAUCUAAAAUUUUACUUCACUUUGCAACGUAUUUAUUAAACUAUUAUCCGAAAGAUAAUAAACUUAUAAAUUACUUAGAUAAAUUUACAAUAUACAUUGCACCGGAUUUGUCUCAAAAUUUUAAUGGUAACCAAACUUGUAGUUCAUUUAUUAUGGAUAAUUUACAAUUUUCCAUUAAUAAUGAACUAAGUAGUGAAGCAAAUAUGAUAAUUAAUUGGUUUAGAAACAUUAAUGCUGUGUUAGCAAUAAAUUUGAAUAUUGGUGGACAACAUAUUGAAAUUCCGUUUGCGGGAAGGUAUGGACAAAGUUUUGAACAAAUAUAUAACACCGAUGAUGAUGAUGUACUACAAGAUUUAGCAUCAUUAUAUACAAAAUACAAUAUCCAUAUGACUUUGAAAAAUCCACAAUGUAAUCACAAUUUAAAUCUAAAUACUAACGGUAUUAUUCAUGCUGGAAUGGGUAUAGGUGGAAAAAGGGAACAUUCCUUAAUGGAUUACCUUUACCUAAGUACAAGUACUUUAAUGUUGGAUGUAUAUGUUACUUGUUGUAACACAGAUGAUGCAAAAAAUAUAUGGGAAAAUAAUAAGGUCAGUCUGUUAGCAAUGAUAGAAAAGCUUAAUGAGGGAUUGAGAGGCUAUGUUCUUAAUGAAAAUAAUGAGCCAAUUGAAAACGCUAUUUUAUCAUAUAAUAAAUCAAGGCAUUAUGUUAAAAGUGGAAUAAAUGGAGCUUAUUCACUUUUAUUUGAACCUGGUAGUCAUGUUAUAAGUGCUAGUGCACCUGGAUAUAUUCAGCAAACUAAGGUGUUCAUCACACCAGAUGUACACAACAUUUCACAUUUGAUAUUCAAAUUGAAAUAUGACAACUUUUUGGGAAUGCCUAGAAUUGUUUUUAUUAUUCUUAUAAGUACUAUAUGUUUAGGAAUUAUUGCAUGUUCUAUUUUUAUUUGUACCAACUGUCAGUCUUCCAAAAAUGUGCAAAAAAAUAAUUGGAAAGGAUAUUCAUUCAGUUUACUUAAAGAUGGUACAAGUUUUUUUGAUGACGAUGAAAAAGAAAUUGAAAUAUUUAGAAGACCAUUAAAUGGACAUAUGCAAAAUAAUGAAGUUACGAAACCAUAUUUUGAUGAUGAUAACAUGUCAACUUCUGAUGAUGCCAGUGACUUAGAAUUUAUUAGGCCAAGUAAAGAAUGGGAAGAGGAAGCAGCUAAAGAACAUAGAUAAUACAUUAUUGAUUAUUAA